AUGGUUUCGUCGAGUCAUCACGGCGCUGGCGCUGAUGCCAAUUCAGCGUCUCUGGCAAUUCACCGUGUUCGCUUCGUCAACUGGUCACCUUCCACUGUCACUGCCGUUGCCGUUUCACCAUCUUUCGCAGGCACCGCUCGCGGUCUUCUCGCCAUCGGCAGACAGAACGGAAACGUCGAGCUCUGUGUCUGGGUGGGCCCCCGUGCAGCUCAAAAGUCCGACUUCGACGACCGAUCUUUCCAGUCCGAUGCUGCCGGUUGGGCCGUCCAUACCGUCCUGCCAGGUCAGCUCAACUCCAAAAUCGAGCAGCUUUGCUUCGUCAACCCGCCCAACCAGGACCCAAAUCAGCCGCGCAAGCUCCGUCUGUUCAGCAUCUCUGGAGGUGCCAUCGUCACCGAGCACUUCAUCCCGAUCCACCUUGCUAAGCUCGGCGCACGAAGGAAUGCCGAUCACGACGACGAUGACCAAUCCAGCAGCAAGCCCCGCCCGGGCACCGUCUCAUCCCUCUUCGGCAGCAAGACUGCCUCCAAUCUCGACCCACACUACCCUGGAGAGACUAGAACCUUGCCUUCGCUCGCUGGUGCCGUUUGGAGCAUGGCCCCUAGCGCUACAGGUCGCUACCUCGCUCUCGGCUGCGAGGACGGCUCAGUGAGGGUCAUUGACCUCGAAAACGAUCGCUUCGAGCAUCUUGCAAGCACAUCAGGUCAGGAUCGCAGGGUUGUCCCUCGCUUCGGAAAGGCCAAGGGCAAGGUCAUCAGCCUCUGUUGGGGACCUCCUGUCCGCUCGCUCAAGCGCUCCACCCAGCGCUCAAGCUCACCAAACAAGUCCUCCUCUUCCGACAGUGACAGCGAUAGUGGGAGCAGCAGCGAUAACGACAGCGAUGAGGACCAAGACGAAGACGACGAUCAGUGGCACGAAUCCUUUCUCGUUGGCGGUCUCGCUCUCUCUACCGCCGUGGUUUGGGAUCCGUCUACCGGAAACAUCGCCACCAAGCUUGCCGUCCAGAAGAAUCGCACCGAAUCCACCAUCGUCUGGAGUGUCGCUACUCUCCCCGACGGUACCAUCGUCACUGGCGACUCCACAGGCCGUGUCACCUUCUUCGACCCGCGUACCCGCCUUCCGAUCCCAGAAGCAACCUUCCGCGCCCACGCCGCAUCAUCCGAUGUGCUCGCUCUUUGCGUCGGCCCCGAUGGCAAGACCAUCUACAGUACCGGCGUCGAUCAGAAGGUGGCGGAAUACACCAAGGUCGAGACGUCCAAUGGUCGUGGUCGCUGGAUUCAGAUCGCAACAAGGCGGCUGCAUGCGCAUGACAUUCGAGCCCUUGCUCUCGACCCGCCGUACUCUCCGCUCGAUGCAGCCCAGGCCAUCGCUCGCGGCGCCGACGACAGCAUCGCACCCAGCCGUCUGCCCAUCCUUCUCAGCGGUGGUGUCGACUUCAACCUCGUUUUGACGCCGGCAGCCCCUCCUUCUGCCGUCGUCAAAGCGCAAAAGUCGUCCACGAUCGCGUCCAUCCCGACUGCCGCAGCCAAGCCCAACAGAGCCACGCUCAACAAGGUUGAGCAGGAGCAUGCCUCCAUCAACCCGAUCUCCUCCAACCCGCUGACGACGUUUGCCGACACGACGCAGCGUCGCGUGCCCUUCGUGCCCACCGCCUCGCGCAGCGGACUGCUUGGUGGCGGAUCCGUCGCCGCCCUCUGUCCGAGCAGAGGCUGGAUCGUCCUCCGUCGCGAGCACUCGAUCGGCAUCUGGGACCUCGGCAGCCAGUCCGAACUUCUCUCCGUCGCUCAAGCAUCCCAAGCCGGCGAGUCUCUGCAGCAGCAAUCACCAAGCUGGGCCAAAUUGCUCGAGAUGGAAGUCAAGGUCGACUCGAACCUCGUCUCGGUCGCCAUAAGCGACAACGGCCGCUACCUCGCCUUCUCCGACCUCUACGAGACCAAGCUGUUUGAGCUCAAGUCCCGACGCAGACCUGAUUCGGCACCGGUCGAGCUCGAGCCCAAGAAGAUCAAGAGCUUCGGCAAGGUCUUUGGUGGUCAGGAGAAGAUGGCUCCGUCGGCGAGCGCGUUGAAGUUCUCGCCGGACUCGACGCGGUUGGUGGUGUGCUCGUUGACGGGUGCCUAUGUGCACGUGUUGGAGCUGCCCUCGCAGGCCAAUGGCGACACGUGCAGGCUUCUGAGGAGCUUCGGUCACCAUCGAAAAGCUGCGACGGUGGCGAACGCGGGCGCAGGAGAGCAGCGCCAAAUCGCUGGUCGAGGAAGCAAGGUCAACGGCGACAUCAACGGCCACAGCAAUGGAAACGGCACCCCCGUCAAGCAGCAGACGGAUCGAGUGGAGCGAACCACCACGAACAUCAUCCAGCACGCCGAGAUCUCGCAUGACGGCGCGUGGCUCUCGACAAUGUCGUCGGAUCUGCAGCACCACAUCUUCUCGCUCGACUCGUUGACAUAUGGACGAACGCUCCCGUCUCCCUCAUCGCUGCCUUCUGGUGCCGUCUUCCAUCCCUCGACGUCCGCGCGCUUCAGCAGCAUGCUGACGCUCAUCUUCGCCGACAACAAGGUCGAAUUCUGGGAUGUCGAGAGCGGCAAGGAGCUCACCACCGCUCCUGCCACUAGCAGCGCUACCAACGUCGACGCUGUCGCAGAUGCAGCGGGAAGCCCACGCAAAAGAGCCAACCACUCCCGCACCACGUCCACCGCCACAGCUGCAGACGCGCGCACCACCCUCGUCCAAAACCUCACCUCGCUCAAACAGACGCUGCAGCUGCGACUUGCGAGUCUGCGCGACUUUGCCAUCUCGGCGCUCUGGUGUGGCGAUGGUAGUGGCAACCUGGCCAACUACACGCUGGUGGUGUACGGAGCGACGUGGAUCGCUACUGCGCGGCCUGCUGUGCGCGCCGAGCAGGCCGCAGCGGAGGACGAGGAGGGUGAUGUGCAGAUGAACGAUGUCGCUGCACCCACUGCAGCUGCUGAAAAGGCUAAGCUGGACUGGACGGUGCGCACCACGGCCAAGUAUCAGCCGCUACUGCUGGUCGCACAGCUGCAGGUCGAGCAGGUGCAGGGCGAGGAGCCGACGGGAGCACAUCUCGUGGUUGUGGAAAGACCUUACUUUGAGCUGGCAAAGAAGCUGCCUGCUGCUUUCCACAGGGGUGCUCGGUACGGCGCCUAG